AUGGCAGCCACUAGCGCAAUAACUCAAGCGCAGUUUGAAGAUGCGAUCACUCGCGCUGUGAAUAAUCGCAGCCGAAGUUAUAAUAGCUCUUUUGCGCUGAGUAUUCGAUGGGAGCGAGACAAAACGAAUGCCUCUGCAGACACCGAGAAAUUUCAGACGAUCCUGAGUACGCUAAAUCUCAAGCAAGCCGAAGUUGAGAUCUUGGCCGAACAGGAUCAGACUCCAGGCUGGACACUUAAUGAUAAAAUUCGGUCUAUUUUCCGAUCAGCAGCAAACACGCCCGGCAAAUCUAUCGUAUUAAUUCACUAUGCCGGACAUGGAGAGAUUAGGGGAGAUCAGCUUUUUGCUGUUGAUGAUCUAUCCCGCCAACGUAUAAAUCUCCAAAGAUUCAUCGAUACUGUGGUAGCAGGUGAUGUCCAGGACUUCGAUAUCGCAGAUACAGACGCUGUGUUCUUCUUGGAUUGCUGUUACUCGCAUAUAGCAAUACGCGCGUUAAAUUCUACGACUCGCGUGGUCGAAAUUCUUGCUGCGAGUGAUGACAGUACUCCAGAGGCCUUUGCACCACCGCGGAAUACCUUAACUGGAAAGUUACGGGGCGAGAUUGCUCGGCGUAAGCAUUAUGGUCACCGCUUUGUGAUACUUUCGGACGUAAUGGCGACUAUUCGAGCGAAUAGCCCAGUUGUCAAGCCAACACAUCAUAUUAAGCUAGGGGUAUCUGCCUGCUUUCCUUUCACUGGUGUCACACGGAUUAAUCCGAACACGAUUGCCCCUUCGCUACGUGCAGUCUUUUCGGUUCGUAUUACCGAAAAUAUGACCCGGGAACAGCUGGAUAGAUUUAUUACGUGGAUUAGCACCCUCCCGCCUGGGAUCGAUAUUGAACUCGACGGGGUCUACACUACAACCUCGACUCUUCUCAUAUUCCAGAGCGCAUAUACGCUGUUCACGAAUGUUGCUGGGUAUCCCGGUCUGACCUUUAUUUCGGAUGUGACAAGCCCGAACUACCGCAAAUAUCUCGCCCAGGAGCAGCGGCAAGAAGGUCCUUCUACGUUAAAGGAGAAUGUCCCAUUCUCUAUACGCUCUGAGCCAUGA